AUGGAUACAGUGCCAGAGUAUUCCCUCUUCAUGAUGAGGAUUUUAGAAGAAUUGGAUACCAAAUACAGCACAGUUUCAUAUCAGGAUCUCUGUAAAUCUUUGUGUGCCAGGUUUGACCUGGUUCAUCUUGCCAAGCUGAGGAGCCUGCUGUUCUAUACAGCAUGUCUGGAUCCAAGUUUCCCUGCUACUUUAUUCAAAGACAAGAUGAGAUGCUCAGUAGAAGAUCAGCAGUCUAAGAAGCUCAUGGUGGCUGCAGACAUUGUCACCAUGUUCAACCUGAUUCAAAUGAAUGGCGGCAUUGCCAAAGACAAGCUACCUGUAGCGCACAAGCCCAAGUUCCACAAGAACCAGUCAUUUGAAUCCUGUAGAUCUGACACUGAUGUCUACAAAUACAAUGACUGCGACAGAACCUACGACCUCUUAGACAACAGGGUUCAUCAUGUUUCGCGAAAUUCACUCUGCCCUAAAUCCGACUGCAGCAACUGUCAGCGAUACAUUCCAGCUUCUGACCCAAACUUCCUCCUGGGAGUCAAUAAGGAUCUGAAAUGUAGAGCAGCAUCACUUGAUAAGCUCCAGCAUCUGCCUCAGUACUCCAGUAGCAGCCCUCCUCCAUGUGAGAUGCAGAGCACAUACUUCCCCAUGGAUAUAGACAGUGAGUCGACGACAGAUCAAGAUUCUCUUCACAUGAAUUCAGGUGUCAAGGAUACCUUUAUGUCCAGGACAGAACCUUUUACGGUGCACUCUUGUGUACAAAAAAGGAACAUUUUCAAGGAGGACUUUCACAACCUUGUUGCCUUUUCGCCCCAUGUAAUAACGACAGAAUCCAAGGUCAAUGCCAAAGCAGUUGGAGAUUACCAUAGGAGGGAGCUGCACAAACCUCCAACAUUCUUCAAUCACAGCUUUGAGCUGCCGUACAGUAAUCCAUACUUUGAGCCUGUCAGCUCACCCGUCCAGGACAAAAGACGAGUCAAGCAUGAAAGCCUGGAUGACCUGCAGGCGUCCACUUAUUUCGGACCCACAACAAUCACUGAGUGUGUGAACACCAGGAAGACAUCAGGGAAGCAUAGCAGGCAACCAGCCUGGCCUGUGAAGAGCUUGAGCCUGAACACAGAGGAGAGCCCAGACCCUGAGAGAUCCUUUUUGAACAGCAAGGUACCAAAAGACAAUCACCGCCAUAAUGUCAGGAACAUAGACAAUGACCAACAUUUUCAAAUUGCCAAAGAGAAGUCUACUAUGUCUCCUUCAGGCUUCUCCAAGAAAUCCAACGGAGCUAAAACAAAAGACAUGGCCUCAGUGGCCUGCGGACCAAGUGUUGAUAAGAGGGAUGGUGGAAAGAGAUUUAAAGACAAGAGCAUCAACUGUCCAUCAUUUCAGACUAGUAAGAUCGACGGUGCUCUUAGCGUAGGGACCCAAACUGAGCAGUCUGAGCAGAGGAAACUGAAAGAAUACACCAGUCACAGUAAAUACGGAGAAAGGCAGUCUUUCAAAAAUUCAGACGAAGACUCUGAGAUUGUUAGUGAUGACAUUAGCGACAUCUUUCGCUUUCUUGAUGAUAUGAGCGUUUGUGGCUCUCUUGGAGUUGUCCAGGCAUCAUGUUACAACAGCAAUGGUUCACUCUCUCAGGUCACUAAGUCAGAUGGUGACAGUUCACCUGAACACAACACAAUCAAACUAGGAAAGACUGGAAUUAAACUGGAUCGCCUGUUUCACUCACUUGAAAACUCCGAUGAUGAACUUAAAUCAAGUGUUUGUAAACUGGUCCUCAGGAUUGGUGAGAUUGAGAAAAAGCUUGAGUCCCUCUCGGGUGUGCGUGGAGAGAUUUCUCAGGUUCUCUCAAAGCUCAAUAAGCUGGAUGAGAAGAUCCAGGAACCUGAUUCAAAUGGCAAGGCGAAUGACGGAGGUGUAGCUGACCAAAUCAAGACAGAUGUGAAACUCUCACCGCAUGUGUUUCAGUGCCAUACCACAGGGCACAAUAUUAAAAUGGACAGUAAUGCCGAAUGGUGUUGUUCGGAUGCCAGUGGGAACGAAAGCUUAAGGGUGAAAGCGAUGAAGAAGAAUUUGUUCACACGCAGGUCGUCCAGAUCACUGACAGAAGAGAACAGUGCCACUGAGUCUAAAGUAGCUAGCAUCACAAACUCACCUCGAGACUGGAGGACUGUUUCCUAUUCUAGCCAUCCUGGAGAGGAGAGCAAAGAGAAGGACAGACACAGUGAUGGCAAGGACAGGCACAGGAAAGUCAAAGAGACAGAUCGUCAGUAUGAGGCUCACCAGGUUCACUGCACAUCCAAACCACCAAAAGACUCUUACCUGAUUGAGCAAGUGUUCAGCCCACAUCACUUUCCUCCGUCAGUCAAAGCCCAUGUGAAGGGCAGUCCUCUCUACACUGACCUGAGACUCACCAACCUGGCUGAAGGCAAGCAUGCACAGCCCUCCUGGACCAUUGAGGAAUACAAGCGCAACUCAGGAGAGAAGGGCAAACUCAGCACGCUGGACCUACAGACGCAGGACUCCCUGAACCCCAACAAUUUAGAGUAUUGGAUGGAGGACAUCUACACCCCAGGCUAUGAUUCACUGCUGAAGCGCAAAGAGGCAGAAUUUCGAAGGGCAAAAGUAUGUAAGAUUGGUGCUCUCAUUGCAGCCGCAGCCUGCACUGUGAUAUUGGUUAUUGUUGUGCCCAUUUGCACAAUGAAAUCCUGA